AUGCAUUUGGGAUGCCAGCAUUUCUCGUUUUGUUUUUUCUCGUCCACUAUACCUGUCAAAUUCGCAAAAUGUCAUCCAUAUUCGCCAGAAUCACCACUCAACAGGAAAACCGAGGAACGUGAUGCCAUUAGUCGUGCAAGUUUCAAGUGUCCUUCUUGCGAUAAGACUUUUACCGAUCUGGAGGCAGACCAGCUGUUCGAUUUUGCAUCCGGCGAAUUUCGCUGUACAUAUUGUGGCAGUACUGUGGAUGAAGACAGUUCAGCACUACCGAAAAAAGAUUCACACUUACUGUUGGCCAAGUUCAACGAGCAAUUACAACCGCUGUACGAUCUGUUAAGACAAGUUGAAGAUAUCAAGCUUGCUCCGGAAAUUCUCGAACCAGAACCGGUUGAUAUUGACACUAUUAGAGGUAUUGCCAAACCAACCAACAGGAUUUCAAAUGAACAAUGGUCCGGCGAAGCAACGCGAACCAGUGGAUUCGCUGUGGAAGAAACCCGUGUCGAUGUUACCAUUAGUGAUUCAGACGCAGUGGAAACCACAACACAUCGGAAAGAUCGUCCGGUGUGUAUGACGGAAUCAACUGUUACGAACGAUAUGGAUGAAAAUUCAGUCGAGUCAAUUUUAGAGAAAGCUGCCUUCACCUCCACACAACCCCCCGUGGUCACUAACAGCACUAGUGUUAUUUCUUCCGCACGGAACCGUAAAGAUGCCGACGAUAUUAUGUCGGUUUUGCAACAGCACGAGAAGCAAAGCUCUCACAAUGCAACGAAUGAUGUCAUCAAGGGGCUAGGUCUCAACAACGAGCCAAGUAGUGACAGUAGUGAGGAUGAGAAGGAUAUUAACAAUACAGAGAUACCCACUGUUGAAAUUAUGGACACCGAUUCGUAUGACGAUAUGCCAAUGACGGUGGCGGUCAGACCAACGGUGGCAGGUAGACCACAGCCACUGGAUUAGAUCAACGACACGCUGAUAGCGAAAAUGACUCCACAAGAGAAACAAACCUACAUUCAGGUGUUUCAAGAUCAUUUCAGUCAUAUGUAUGAUUAGAUGGAACGACGAAAAGUAAGUGGCAUUAAAAAGUUGAAUUUAAAA